AAUUCAAGACACCAUUGACUCCAAUAAAGCUAGAUAUUAAAGAUCUUGCUGAUGUCAUUAAAGAGCUAACAUCAGAUCAACACUUGCCUUGUUCUGUAUGGUAUGAACUAGGUCUACAGUUAGGAUUAUAUGAUGACAGACUAAAGGAUAUAAAAGCUGACUAUGGAGAAUCAGUGGAGCGUUUCCGUGAGUGUAUGUCUGCCUGGUUAAGAGGAGAAGAUAAAGUGAGAGAGAAAGGAGGUCCCAGUUGGUCAUCAUUAGCUACAGCACUGGACACAAUAGACCAAAAGUCUAUUGCUAGUUACAUUAGAAAUAAAUAUUUGUAAUGUACAUGUAUAAUA